GCGAGGAGGUUGACGAGAAAGGCGAGGAGGUUGACGAGAAAGGCGAGGAGGUUGACGAGAAAGGCGAGGAGGUUGACGAGAAAGGCGAGGAGGUUGACGAGAAAGGCGAGGAGGUUGACGAGAAAGGCGAGGAGGUUGACGAGAAAGGCGAGGAGGUUGACGAGAAAGGCGAGGAGGUUGACGAGAAAGGCGAGGAGGUUGACGAGAAAGGCGAGGAGGUUGACGAGAAAGGCGAGGAGGUUGACGAGAAAGGCGAGGAGGUUGACGAGAAAGGCGAGGAGGUUGACGAGAAAGGCGAGGAGGUUGACGAGAAAGGCGAGGAGGUUGACGAGAAAGGCGAGGAGGUUGACGAGAAAGGCGAGGAGGUUGACGAGAAAGGCGAGGAGGUUGACGAGAAAGGCGAGGAGGUUGACGAGAAAGGCGAGGAGGUUGACGAGAAAGGCGAGGAGGUUGACGAGAAAGGCGAGGAGGUUGACGAGAAAGGCGAGGAGGUUGACGAGAAAGGCGAGGAGGUUGACGAGAAAGGCGAGGAGGUUGACGAGAAAGGCGAGGAGGUUGACGAGAAAGGCGAGGAGGUUGACGAGAAAGGCGAGGAGGUUGACGAGAAAGGCGAGGAGGUUGACGAGAAAGGCGAGGAGGUUGACGAGAAAGGCGAGGAGGUUGACGAGAAAGGCGAGGAGGUUGACGAGAAAGGCGAGGAGGUUGACGAGAAAGGCGAGGAGGUUGACGAGAAAGGCGAGGAGGUUGACGAGAAAGGCGAGGAGGUUGACGAGAAAGGCGAGGAGGUUGACGAGAAAGGCGAGGAGGUUGACGAGAAAGGCGAGGAGGUUGACGAGAAAGGCGAGGAGGUUGACGAGAAAGGCGAGGAGGUUGACGAGAAAGGCGAGGAGGUUGACGAGAAAGGCGAGGAGGUUGACGAGAAAGGCGAGGAGGUUGACGGGAAAGGCGAGGAGGUUGACGAGAAAGGCGAGGAGGUUGACGAGAAAGGCGAGGAGGUUGACGAGAAAGGCGAGGAGGUUGACGAGAAAGGCGAGGAGGUUGACGAGAAAGGCGAGGAGGUUGACGAGAAAGGCGAGGAGGUUGACGAGAAAGGCGAGGAGGUUGACGAGAAAGGCGAGGAGGUUGACGAGAAAGGCGAGGAGGUUGACGAGAAAGGCGAGGAGGUUGACGGGAAAGGCGAGGAGGUUGACGAGAAAGGCGAGGAGGUUGACGAGAAAGGCGAGGAGGUUGACGAGAAAGGCGAGGAGGUUGACGAGAAAGGCGAGGAGGUUGACGAGAAAGGCGAGGAGGUUGACGAGAAAGGCGAGGAGGUUGACGAGAAAGGCGAGGAGGUUGACGAGAAAGGCGAGGAGGUUGACGAGAAAGGCGAGGAGGUUGACGAGAAAGGCGAGGAGGUUGACGAGAAAGGCGAGGAGGUUGACGAGAAAGGCGAGGAGGUUGGUGCGCGUGCCGAUAGGCAGCACGGGGAGCACCUUUGCAGAAAAGGGCGACACUCACUUUUGUCCUUUGAUGUGGGAGAAUACCAAUCCAAACUUGGCACCACCAAUGGCUUCGACAGAGAUGUUAACAAAGAAGGCGAGGAGGCCGGUGCAUGUACCUGGGAACGGGACAACUUUCUUCUGGCCUUUGAUGUGCGAGAACACGAGGCCAAACUUGGCACCGCCAAUAGCUUCGACUGA